UCAUCCACUUCAGACUAACUUUUUUUUUCGUCUCUAACCCCUGGAAAUUCAAUUCAGUGCACACAAAAGUGCUACAACCCCACUUUCCUGGAGCAGGCAGCUCGAUUACGCCACUGUUGGGUCAAGAGAGUAGUUGACUCUGGCUCCAUUCUUCUUCUGGGGCUGUCAAAUGGCUUUUUCGCUCUGCGAUGAUGUGUACUAGAUGAAAGGUGAGCGUUGGACAAAGGGAAAACGAGUGGGAGGACACGUUUGGACGGGAGCUGUUUUAAGAGACAGGAUGAGCAGGAAUAGACUUGUUCCAGGAAUAAGGGGGACAUGCCAGCGCACGAGGAGACCUCCUCCCACAGGCUCACUGCCGUUUGACACUGAGGCCUCGUCGUCCUCCCUCUGCCUCCGCUCUUCUUCCGCAUCUGCUGCUGAACUGUGGGUAAAUCUGACCUCGUCUGGUUUUAGGGUCAAGGCAAUAACUUGGCAGACGACUAAUUAAAUGGUGUGUUGCUCGGCUUUCAAUCGAGUUGUUUUUGUUUUAUCAAUCAUCUACUCCAUCUUUGUCUUUUUUUUAUUUUUUUUUUUUUAUUUCAGUUUCAGUCUGUCUUUUUCUUUUGAACUCUCGCUCUCGCUCUCUCUCUCUUAACCACACAUUUGUUUGUGUGUGUGGGACUUGCUGGGUGCAGGACUGUGAGAAUAAGUGCAGGCUCUUCCUUCCUGCGCGCUUCGGUUCCAGUUCACAGAUGCAGUCAGUCACAGAGGGCAGGAUAGUCAGACCAAAACGGACGGACGGGCGAGCGAGCGAAAGGGGGGCAGGAGAGAUAGUGGGAGACAAGAUGAGGACUUGAUAAAUAAUAAAGCAACGGGCCCACAUGAAGGCACAUGUGCACCUUCUAAAUUUACCUGCAUCUAAAGUCUUCCUGUGGAGAUGAGACGAGCUUCGAGGCGAUGCACGAACCCUGACGCGCGCUGGACGAUGGAGCGCUCGGUCAAAUGCUGAGAUGGACAACGUCAAGGGGAGGUUCACGGUGCGGCGCCUGCUGGCCUUCUACCUGUUCAAGAAGAGCAAGUCGCUGGCCGGCGGCGCCGAGCCUCCGUCGCCACCGAGGAACCGCUGGACGGAUGAUGGAGACAUCAAGGAGAUCAACAUCACCCAUGUGGUUAAGGAGGGCUCAGAGAAAGCUGAUGCCUCUCAGUUUGAGCUGCUCAAAGUCCUGGGACAGGGAUCCUUUGGGAAGGUGUUCCUGGUGCGAAAGGUGACGCCGCCAGAUGCCAACCAGCUCUACGCCAUGAAGGUCCUCAAGAAGGCCACACUCAAAGUCAGGGACCGUGUGAGGACCAAGAUGGAGAGAGACAUCCUGGCAGACGUCAACCACCCGUUCGUUGUCAAACUGCACUAUGCAUUUCAAACUGAAGGAAAGUUGUACUUGAUCCUGGACUUCCUCAGAGGAGGAGAUCUCUUCACCAGACUCUCUAAAGAGGUGAUGUUCACGGAGGAGGAUGUGAAGUUUUAUCUGGCAGAGCUGGCGUUGGGACUGGACCAUCUCCACAGCCUGGGCAUCAUUUAUAGAGACCUCAAACCCGAGAACAUUCUCCUGGAUGAGGAGGGACACAUCAAACUCACAGAUUUUGGUUUGUGUAAAGAAGCCAUCGAUCACGAGAAGAAGGCCUAUUCCUUUUGUGGCACCGUGGAGUACAUGGCGCCAGAGGUUGUGAACCGGCAGGGACACAUCCACAGCGCUGACUGGUGGUCCUUCGGAGUACUAAUGUUUGAGAUGUUGACAGGAGCGCUGCCGUUUCAAGGGAAGGACCGCAAAGAGACCAUGAACCUGAUUCUGAAGGCUCGUCUGGGAAUGCCUCAGUUCCUGAGUGCAGAGGCCCAGUCUCUGCUCAGGGCUCUGUUCAAGAGGAACCCAGCCAACAGACUGGGGUCCGGCGCCGAUGGUGCGGAGGAGAUCAAACGCCACGGUUUCUUCUCCACAAUCGACUGGAACAAACUCUUCAGGAAAGAGCUGAAGCCUCCGUUCAGACCAGCGGUGGCACGUCCAGAUGACACCUUCUACUUUGAUUCCGAGUUCACCUCCCGCACCCCCAAAGACUCCCCCGGUGUUCCACCAAGCGCAGGAGCUCACCAGCUCUUCAGGGGCUUCAGCUUCGUGGCCACCACUCUGCUGGAGGAAGACGGCUCAUUGGAGCCAAUGCAGCCGCCACCGCACCCAGUGGUCCAGCAAAUGCACGGCAAGAACCUGCUGUUCAGCGACGGCUACGUUCUGAAGGAAGACAUCGGGAUGGGCUCCUUCUCCGUCUGCAAACGCUGUGUCCACAAAACCACCAACACGGACUACGCUGUGAAGGUGAUUGACAAGACCAGCACGGACCCCUCUGAGGAGAUUGAGAUCCUCCUCAGAUACGGGCAGCAUCCCAACAUCAUAACGCUGAAGGACGUGUACGACAACGGCAAGCAGGUGUACCUGGUGACGGAGCUGAUGCGCGGCGGCGAGCUGCUGGACCGGAUCCUCAAGCAGAAGUACUUCUCGGAGAGGGAGGCCAGCGCCGUGCUUCACACCAUCACCAGGACGGUGGAGUACCUGCACUCGCAGGGGGUCGUGCACAGGGACUUGAAGCCCAGCAACAUCCUCUACGUGGACGAGUCCGGGAAUCCGGAGUCGAUCAGGAUCUGCGACUUCGGCUUCGCCAAGCAGCUGCGGGCCAACAACGGCCUGCUGAUGACCCCGUGCUACACGGCCAACUUCGUGGCCCCCGAGGUGCUGAAGCGUCAGGGCUACGACGAAGGCUGCGACAUCUGGAGCCUGGGGGUGCUGCUGUACACGAUGCUGGCUGGGUUUACUCCAUUCGCCAACGGACCCGAGGACACGCCCAACGAGAUCCUCAACAGGAUAGGCAACGGCCACUUCAGCCUGACCGGAGGCAACUGGGACGCUGUGUCGGACGCGGCCAAGGACCUCGUGUCGAAGAUGCUCCACGUGGAUCCCCAUCAGAGACUGACCGCUAAGCAGGUCCUCAGACACCCCUGGAUUGUCCAGAGAGAUAAACUGCCCAACAGUCAGCUGCCACACCAGGAUGCCAAACUGGUCAAGGGUGCAAUGGCCGCCACCUACUCUGCCCUGAAGAACUCCCAGCCCACUCCGGAGCUGAAGCCCAUCGAGAGCUCCUUCCUGGCCCAGAGGCGUGUCAAGAAGCUCCCCUCCACCUCCCUGUAGAGACUGCAAACAAAAAAAAAAACCAACCGAUCUGCUCACUGGAGACCAGGCAAACUCGCACCUCCCAGCUCCAAAACCACCCAGCCAGCUUUGCCCGGGGACCACUACCAGCCAAGGAACACUGACCGUGGUCCUGCCCCCAUGCUGCCCCCUUGCUGUCCCCCCACCCCCCCUGCAGUCGGGCUCAUCAGCGGCCGUUAGCCAGCAAAAGCUCGUGGAUGGACGGGAAGUGUUGCAGGCAAAAAAACAAAACUAGGGUGCAGAUUUUUGGCGCGUGUGUGUGUGUGUGUGUGUGUUUGAGCGCGUGCAUGACUUGCCAGAGUCGAUGCGGCCAUGUUUUUCCCCGUCCGUGAAGAUGAACGCUCCCUCCACUCAUCACUGCUGUAAUGGUCGUCCCUCCGCUUGCUGCACGGCUGUCUGUCGGCUUGCUCCGUUGUGCGUCCUCCUGUUCGUUUUGUACCGUGGACGAGCUUUAUCUUUAGUGGUUGUGCUGCCAAAUCAGUGUGUGCCCACAGCACCGAACCACAGUACUGUCCAGCUGCUGUUAAUGUUUUUUGAAAGAUCCUUACUAUUGUUAUGAAUAUAAAUCACUUCUGCCAUAAAUGCCUCUUUGGCUUUGGUACAGCCAGAACACAGGGAUUCUGGGAAAUCUCCAAUGCUGAUAUUUUGGUUAACGCUUAUAUUUAGUUUUACAGAGAGUGUGGACGUCUAUGUGGCUGGCUGUUGCAUGACUUGCAGGGUGUGUGUGUGUGUGUGUGUGUGUGUGUGUGUGUGUGUGUGUGUGUGUGUGUGUGUGUGUGUGUGUGUGUGUGUGUGUGUGUGUGUGUGUGUGUGUGUGUGUGUGUGUGUGUGUGUGUGUGUGUGUGUGUGUGUGUGUGUGUGUGUGUGUGCGCGCGUGCGCGCGUGCGUGCGUGCGUGUUGGUUUGUACUGUCUUGCGAGAUGCUGCAGGGUCGUGUGCAUGGCCCAGUGAUGUAACGAUGUCAUGUGGCUUCCUCGUUUCUCUCCUCUCCCCUUCCUCUGCUUGAUUCAUCUGCUGGCAACCACGUGAGAUGUCUCUUAUUUUUAUUACUACAAAAAAAAAAAAAUAGUACAAUAGGUGGCUUUCUGUGAAAGGAACUUGCCCGAGGAACAAUGUGGCAUGUUAUAAAUCUGUAUUGCUUUUUUCUUUUUUUUUUCUUGAAUAAUGCAUAUUGAAUGCUCUUUCCUGUGCUGGCUGCUUUUGUUGUUGAUCGUUUCUUCUUUAUUUUGUUCCCUUUGUCCAAAGAAAGCGAUGAUUUAAAAUAGUGAAAGACAUGCUGAGCACAUCAGUCUGCGAACUCGGCGCUAUACAGGUCUCUUCUUCUGUUUUUAAUAUCCAGGGACUCUUGCCUUUAUGCAGCUGAGCACUCGAAGGCAACCUGUCUCCCUUUAAAAUCUGUCGAAUCACUGGUUGUUCGUGUGUCACAGACCUACUCUCGUAUAGAUUAUUGUUCAUGCUUUCUGAACUUUCGUUGUAUAGUUGGUGUGCUUUCAUUUUAUUAACACUGAAUUUGAGCCAUCCUAAAGAAGAACUCGUGUCGCUCAUCGUAAGUAGCUUCAUAGGGUGGGUCCUGCUUUCAGCCUGGUGCCUAUAGGCCUACGGGUGAGGCUGAAAGUCACGGAAAGGCAUCAAAACAAAUCAAACGGCCAAAAAAAUCAAUCUUGUACGCGUUUAGAAGGGAAGACCUGUGUGGCUAAAUAACCUAUGAACCAGCUGUCUUACCUCAAAAGGGAUCAAAAUGGUAUGUUCUAAUUCUUGUUUGGUGGCAAAUCUCUUUGAAAUGUGUGGUAAGGUGGCAUUGUAUGAUAAAGAUGAAGAUUUUUAUAUCUUACAGAUAUUAAAAGUUCAGUUGCUAAAACAAA